AUGGUUCUAGUUGAUGCACUACUGGGAGAACCAACUCCUAAGCUAACUCUGCCACAUAAGAUUCAGCUUUCCUAUCCUGGAAGGGAAUGGUUUGUAAGACCGUACAGCCCUUCUAAUCCUUGGUGGACAAUGCUACUAGCAGCUUUACCAGCGAUUGUAACUUUAAAGGGGAUUUUUGUGGAUCAACAUAUUACAGUUGUUAUCAUAAACAGAAAGGAAAAUAAACUAAAGAAAGGUUUUGGCUACCAUUUAGAUUUGACAGUAGCAACGAUAUGCAUUGUGGUGUGUUCUUUAUUCGGUCUCCCUUGGCAAGUUGCUGCCACAGUUCCAUCAAUCGCACAUGUGAAAAGUCUCAAAAUCAAAUCCAAGUGUACGGCAGUGGGUGAGAAACAAGUUGUAGUUGGUUGUAGGGAACAACGUCUUACUCUUCUGAUUAUCGGAAUCCUAAACGGGUGUUCUUUCUUUAUGUGGCCAAUCUUAACGGUAUGUAAUGGAGUAAUACGUAAUUUGUUUUAA